CAAUCAAAGUAUUUAUUUACACUUAAUCAACAGGUUAUAUUUACAAUCUACAAGCCAAUGAAAAAUUGGGGAUUUUGUGAUUUGUGCGUGACUGCACCAGACAACACAGAUAAUUUGAAAGACAUUUUACUCCGACUACAGAAAGCUGGAUAUAAUACCGUUGUAAUAAAUCAAAAUGUUGAUGAAGCUGUAUUUGAAAAUGAAAAGAAAAAGAAAAAGAAAACCGUUGAAAUCGACACCUUCUGUCCUGUCCCUGAACCAAUUGAUGUAUCAGAAUUGAAAAACUUGUUUAAGGGAAAAUUAAACAUUUUAAGUAGGAUUACUUUCUCUUUUUCAGAUCCAGUUAAAACUCAUUCUAUGAAUCAAUUAACUGUGCUAAAAAAAUACAAUAUAUAUGCAGUUAUCCCCAAAACUCAAGCAGCAUUCCAAUUUGCUUGCUCACAACUUGGUGCAGAUAUUAUUCUUAUAAAUUCCACUUCAUCUGGGCUGAAAUGGAGUAGAAAACUUUAUUUCCAGGCUGUAGAAAAAGGAAUACAUUUUGAAAUACAAUAUGCACCAGUGAUUAAAAACUCCACUAGAAAAUUGGCAAUUCACGUUUCUCAUUUAUGUUAUACUUUUGGUAAAAGUAAGAAUAUAAUUAUUUCAAGUGGAGCUAAUGACCCAUCCGUAAUUAGGAACCCAUACGAUGUAAUCAAUUUAGCAAGGAUGUUGGGCUUAGAUGAAUCUAAAGCUAAAAUGGCAAUACUUCAACAAGCUCAUCAUGUGUUAGCAAAAGGAGGUUCGUUGUUGCUGAAGGUCGAUGUUUUGGAAAAGCUUUCUUUGAAAUUCAAUGCAGUGAGACUGAUCGAUCUGACAGCGAGACGAAAAAAAGGAAAAAAUUCAAAACCUAAAAUUCGUUGUUGA